UGAUGGUGGUGGGUCGUUAGUGUAGAACACGCAGAGGGGUGAGGGAGGUUGUGUAUUGAUGGCAGGGUGUCGUCGGACCGCAAGUGCUCAUAUAGUGAAUGGUUGUGAAGAACGAGUGUUUUGUUGAAAAUUAUGUUGCUCAGGAGACUGCCUUUGAUGUGAACUUUGGUAUUGUUUACGGACUAAAUGUCAUUUGUUAUAAGGUUAUGCAUCUGACGUUUGAGUGCAUCUCCACUUUGUAAUUAACGAAACAAAACCUCUGUAGUCAGUGAAGGAUACGACUUACCUGGACCAAACCAUAGCUUUUAACUUACGUUUUACUACAUACGUUUGGACAGUCUGCCGCUGCCAUAUAACGAUCCGUUUUGCAACGCUCUAUAAUGGAAAGAAUAUAGAGAUAUAUUAUCAUGGGAUGCAGAUCUGCAAAUUCUGAGCAUCUGGUGCAUUAACUUUUAUAAUGCCAUUACAUGGAAGAGGCCAUUUCUGUUGUUAAUAAAAUGGGUAUUAUUACCACAGCAGUUGCACUUCUUGUACUGAAUUAUGCUAAAGGUCACCAAGUAUAUGAAUCCAGGAUCUGUGCCGAGAAAAAUGUUCAGAUGCACCAUGCACCUGAUUCGCAUGAAUAUUUGAGCACAUUUAAAGCAGAGGAAAAUAGCACACAUACCAACAAAACAUGCGAGAGAUCUACGAAUUUCUGUUACGCCUACUGGGAGACCAACGGGACUGCUGUUACUUUCAUAAAACAAGGUUGUUGGGAGGUUUCUGGGAAGAGUGACUGCAUUCAGACAAAAUGCAUUGCUGACAAACCAUCAGCUGCACGAAACAAUUCAAGAUUUUGCUGCUGUUCAGGCAACUUGUGCAAUGUGAACUUCAUUGAUGAUUAUGUUAUGCCCACAGAGGACAUUACUACUGCCCUGUCACGUGCUACAAGUUUAAUGGAACCUGCUGACGAUGGAUAUCGAACUAUUCUCAUUGCCUUAGUUUGUGGCCUUGUACUAGUGUUAAUUUCUGUGGGUGUUGGAGUAAUCGUUUUGUGGAAAAUACAUGAAGCCUCUAUUUACAAGCAGACAGCUGAUGCUGUUCAUCUUAUGGACAAUGGAAGUCCAGGAAAUUACCAAUCCGACACCUAUGCCUUGGAGCACCUAAAAAUAUCCACAAUUGUAGGCCAGGGGCGAUAUGGAUGUGUGUUUAAAGGAACAUUGCUUGACAAGGAAGUUGCAGUAAAAAUAUUUCCAGGCCACCAUAGACAAUACUUUCAUAAUGAACGUGAUAUCUAUUGCUUACCAUUCAUGGAUAAUCCUGCUUUGUUAACAUAUUUUGGGUCAGAUGAACGUGUGAGUGCUGAGGGAUACAUUGAUUAUUUGCUGGUGCUUUCAUAUGCCACAAAUGGCUGCCUUCAGGAUUAUCUCAGGAGUAAUUUGGUGGACUGGAAUUGUUUAUGUAGAAUGGCACUAUCUGUUGCAAAGGGUCUAGCUCACCUACACACAGAUAUCCGUAAAGGAGAUAAAUUUAAGCCAUGUGUAACACACCGUGAUCUCAACUCAAGAAAUAUUCUUGUGAAAGCAGAUUUAUCAUGCUGUCUUUGUGACCUGGGAUUUGCCAUGAAGAUUUCUGGUUCAAAGUAUUUUUACAAUGGUGAAGAGCAGCAUGCAGAAACAAAAUCGAUCAAUGAUGUUGGCACCUUACGCUACAUGGCACCAGAAGUAUUAGAGGGAGCAGUGAACCUUAGAGAUUGUGAAUCAUCACUAAAGCAGAUAGAUGUGUAUGCAUUAGGAUUAGUGCUAUGGGAAAUAGCAACACGGUGCGCAGAUCUAUAUCAGCUUGGCACCUCUGUACCUCCUUAUAGUAUGCCUUUUGAAGCUGAAGUUGGUCACCAUCCAACAUUUGAACAGAUGCAGGUGCUUGUCUCUCGACACAAAGCUCGUCCUUUGUUUCCGGAGGGGUGGCGUGACUGGGCUGCUGUGAGACUGUUGAGAGAAACAAUAGAAGACUGCUGGGACCAGGAUGCAGAGGCAAGAUUGACUGCCCUCUGUGUUGAAGAGAGGAUUCAAGAACUGCCAUCACUUUGGGAUCGCAUGAGAGCAGCUAUAACAGCAUCAGGAAUGAGUCCUACUGUCAAUCCUACAGUCAAUCCCACGUUCACAUCUACAACGCUGAGUCAGCUACCUGGUGUAGUUCGGACUACCAAUAACAAUAACAACAGCAGCAGAAGCACCAAUACCAACUAUAACUACAAUAAUAAUUCAAGUAACAUGGGUCAUAUGAUCAGUUCUGGAUUACAUGAGAAGCAACUACCAGAUUCCCUGGAAAAUACUGAUUAUUCUGUUAAGUCGGGAAGUGGAACUUGUGGCAAAGAUGCCUGCGAGUCCAAUUUGUCUGAAGGCACUAUUGAAACUACUGUGACAAUAUCUCCUUCAGAUUCUCAUGGAGAGUCUUCAUAUAAAAAUUCAAAUCAGGCAUUUGUUCCACCCGGAGGCACGCACACUUUUCCUUUGUCUUCUGGGCUAACUUCUUCAGUGCAACAUCAGAGAGCAUCACUGCAGCCAUAUCAAGGACGAAAUCCAUGCAUGGAGAGGAAUUUGAUGCUGACAGCACCUUCAGACGAGGACUUAGCUUGUAAUGGAAAUACGUUAGUUGAUAGGUCUUUCAAGCAUGCUUCUGCUAGUAAUUAUUUAAUAAACACUGCAUUGUAUGAGCCUCAGGCACUUGUUUCACAUGAUUAUCUUAGUACAUCACAGUUGACAGCUGGUAAUAAUAGCAUAAGACCUGCAACACCCAUUCCUUAUGUACAAAAUGCUGUCUAUGACACGAAUUCUACAUGUACCGGAAUUCCAAAACAACCCAAUAUUCCUGGAAAUGGCUCAGCUGUUGUUGAUGGUGUAACACAUACUAAAAGUUCACAUUGGUCAAACUGGGGAAAAGGUAGUAGUAGAUGGGAGGGAUUUAAAAAAUAUUUGGAUUCAAAAACAAAAUCACUUUUUGGCAUGUCAAAGGAACGAGAAGCCCAUAUUGUUGAUUCAGGGAAUACUGUUGUAAAGGAAUUUGAUGAGGUGGAUGACGAUGUGAAAUCUAACUUAUUAGCUCGCCAAACUUCGGUUACUGUAGCUCCUUUAUCAAAAAGAUCCCCAGUAUUAAUGGAAACAAAGGUUUGUGUUUCACCACCUGAUAAACUUGUGAAUGGUGUUAGUACAAAUACUGGUGUAGUUACGUCUGUAAUGUCACCAUUGAUCUCAACUACAAAUAGAAAUGACAAUGAAAAUAAAGACAGCAAAGUGACAAAGAGUCAGAGACCAUGUACAUUAGCACUGACACCUGCAAAAUCAACAGUGGUGUGUGAAGAUACAUCUGUUGCUGUGUCUCGCCAGAAUCUCAGGGAACAGAUCCAUCAAGUUUUCCGCAACAGAAAUAAUGAAAAUGCAUCUCGUUUAAAGGACCCAAAUUUAAGGGUGAAGACUCCUGGUGAUGUUCCACCUUCUGUUAGGAGAAACCGUGGUAAAGGAGGUACUGCACGGUUUUCAUUAUAUGAUGAUAGAAUGAUGAUUACUAAAGAAUUCAGUAAAACUUCAUGUGCAAAUACAGAUCUGAAAACUAAUAGCAGUCAAAUUUUUUCAAGCUCAGUGCCAACAAACAUUGACAUUUCUUGUAGUUCAGAGAUACUUGAAAAGGUUGUGCCCUAUUCCUCGCAGAAUGACAGAAAACUGAAACUUAGAAGUAAUGACGCAUGUAGCUGCUAAAACUGUUGAUAAAACAAAAGAUAUUGCAAUUGUGAUAUUAUAAGAGCUUUCAGUAAAUUGUACUUUUAAGCAAGUUUUGGGCUGCACAAAAGUUUCUGGCAACGUCAGGAGCUUUAUAUUUAGGUAACUUAUGGGCUGUAUAGAAGUUUCUGGCAAUGUCAGGAGCUUUAUAUUUAGGUAACUUAUGGGCUGCAUACAAGUUUCUGGCAAUGUCAGGAGCUUUAUAUUUAGGUAACUUAUGGGCUGCAUACAAGUUUCUGGCAAUGUCAGGAGCUUUAUAUUUAGGUAACUUAUGGGCUGCAUAGAAGUUUCUGGUUGUGCCAGGAGCUAAAUAUUUUAAGAAACUUUUGGGCUGCAUCAAAGUUUCUGGCAAUGCCAGGAGCGUGAUACAUAGUGAGGAUCAUUACUUGUAAUAUAGUUGUAACUUCCAAAGAUUUAAGUAAGGCCUCCCGUGAUUAAUGAAAGAA